UGCAAGGGAUCAAAGAUCCCCGCCGGUAUAGCUUCAAAAGUCACUAGGGAACACAAACUCUCCCACCACAACAAGGCAGUAGCCACGAGAGUGUUGAUAUCAUAGACUAUGUUAUAUUUAAGAACAUAAGUGACUGAAAAUGACUGAAAAAUGUAAUGUGAGAUAAUUAAAUUGAAGGCUGUUUGCACAAAUCAUUUGUACGAACUUGUUGCGUGUAAAAUAUUUCAUUAACAUGUCAAAAGGAAGGAAGAGUGCACGUAGUGAGGAUGCAAGUAGCUCAUCUGAUACAUCUUCCUCGCUAUCGUCAGCCGAAGAAGUAGAUGCACAAGAUUUGAAACCAAUUAAAGAUUACUUAUCAGAUCGUCGGGAAUUAGCUCGACAACUUUUCAAAUCUGUCAAAACAGAAAAGAUACAAAUGAUGUUACCUCAAGUGUUAAAGAAAAUGGAUUUUGGGCAAUUAGAAGAAUGGUGUGCUAAUGAAUUAAAUGGUAUGUCAAAAGUGCGUAUAUUGUGUAUUUUGAAUGGGAAAACCAUGAUGGAAUCAUCAGAUACAUCAGAGUCAGAUGAUUCAGGGCCUUCUUUGGAAAUUAUUUCUGAUACUGAAGAAUGGUUUACCGAUGAAGAUGUACUUAAGCAAGAAGAAGGAAUGCAUUCUCUUAAAGGAAAGGUAAAAAAGGAUAAAGUUAAACAAAAAGGGAAAUCAUUGUUUCAUAAGAAAAAUGAUAGUAAACCUAAUCAUAAGAAAGUUCUUGAAACUACUUAUAAAAAUGUACAAAUAAAGAAAGAAGAAGAAGCAGAAGUAAAUAAAGAAAAAGAAGGUGAUAGUUUGUUAGAUUUGUUAGAGUUAGAGAUGCGGGCAAGAGCAAUACGAGCUUUAAUAAGAAAAGAGGAAGAUAUAAUACCCAAUGCAUCUAAAUCUGCAGCCAAUAAUGAAACUUUGACUGAUAAUGCUGUAGCUAAAAUUGAACAAGAAGAAAUGAAGGAAAAAGAAAAUUGUAGAAGACAAUUGGAAAGGAUUAUAAGUGCUCAACAGAGUAGUGCUGUGGAGGAUGAAGAUGUAGUAUUAGUGGUUCAACCAACUCCAACCAUUGAAUUAUUGUCAAGUGAAAGUGAUGGUGAAUCUCAUGGUGGUGUACGUAUAAAUAAAAAAUUGCAAAAUGAACGUGUUAUAAAUACAAAGGACAAUAUUGACAGUGCCAAGAAUGAAGAUAUCAGUAGUGUACAUAGUGUAAAUAGUGCAGAAAACUCGAAAGAAAAGAAAGUGGUUGAAAAUGGAGUAGAAACACAAAAAGAAUUAGACACUCAUAAAACAGAAGUUUCUAAACGGGUUCAUAGUAAUAAUGUGAGUAGUAUUGAUACUCAAUCUAAAUCUAAUGGGAAAAGAAGAAAAGUGAAGAAAAAAUUACACACCAAAGAGCAAAUAAAAAAUACAAGUUCUAAGAUAAAUACGCAUAAAAGCAAAUCGCACAUGGAAAGUCAACAUGUGAAAAGUGCAAAAAGAGAUCAGUGUUUGCCAGUAGACUGUAUUACAGAAAAUGUAAAGUUAAAUAAAAAUGAACAUAGAACUGAUGAUAAGUCAAAAAUAAUACACAAUAAUUCAAUAAAAAAACAAAAUUCGGGUGAAGUGUCAAGCAUAUCGAAUAAAAUGCUGCUAGAUGAAGACAAAUCCAGUGACUUGGAUGAAAUAAUUGACUUGGAUAAUUACUGCGAUGAUAUGGAUGAUAUAGAAAACAGUGAGAAUGAUAAGAAGAAGAACAAACAAGUUAUACAAAGUGAGCACUGUAAAUCCCAAGUUGAAGUACGUCCUGCACAAAGAUUAAAUGGAACUGAAACUUGGGCGAGUCGUUACUAUCAAACGGAUGAUGUUCAAAAUGUGAUAAAAGAGUCCAAGAUACAGUCCGAAAUUCGUAAACGGUUGAGAGAACGUCAAAGACUUUCUAAACUUAGUACUUCCCCAAAUGCAAAUUCCCCAUCAUCAUCUCCUGUAACAGAACCGGGAAGUAAAAUAGUAGCAGAUAAAAAUCCAUUGGGUUCAGUCGACGAAUAUCUAGCUUUAAAGCAAACUGCCACUACAAACCUUAGUACUGGUGAUAAAAAUACUGAUUCUAUUACAGCAAAGAAUAAUGAUGCCCCUAUAAAUACAUCUAUUGAUACCAGUACAGUAAUUGAAAGUAAUUGUACAUCAGUUGUAUGUUCUAAGGAGUACAAUGUUGAUGAAAGGACUAAUUUAGGUGAUGAUACAAAUACUGACACUUCAUUCGCCAUAAAGAAUGAAAAUGUAACUAAUGCAAUUACUGGUACCAAUUCUGGUUAAUAUAAUUUGAUUUAAAGUCGUCUGUCUAGUAAACUAACUUUUUCUAUAUGUAUAGAAGAAAUUGUAUCCCAUAGAGGUUUUUUAAAAAUAAGUUAC